AUGCAAAAAAGACUUAGUUUCUUCAACGGAGCAGUUCUUGAAUCAUGCUCUCGUUUGGACGAUAUUAUUCCUAAAACUAAUUUUAGAGUCUCUCCAUUCAGUUUAUUUGGCGAAAAAGAUGGAUCUAUGCAUCUUGAGUGGAUUCAUCGUCCAUCCACUUGUCUUCUUAUAGAAAAAAUUAAUGACAAAGUUGCCAGAGAGUACCUAAUUAAAUCUGCAGAUUUCUUAGCAAAAGUUAAACAUUUUACAGUUUAUGUUGAACAAUAUUUAUACGACGCGGAAAAAGCAUAUACAUUUUGGCAGCCAUAUAACACAGAUCAACAUGGAAACAUAGAUUUUAUUCUGAUUUUUGGAGGAGACGGAACUCUUCUCCAUGCAUCUUAUUUAUUCAACGAAUUUUGCCCACCAAUUUUAUCUUUUGCAGCAGGAUCGCUUGGAUUCCUUACACAAUUUCAAAUGGAGGAAUACAAAGAUGCGAUUGACGAUUUAAUUCGAGGAGUUCUAUACAUUAACUCCAGAACUAGAUUAUUUGGAGAGCUUAAGAACAGCGAAGACCAAAUAUUAGAUACAAUACAAGCCACAAACGAUAUAGUUAUUAUGCCAACUAUCGCUUCUUCAGUUUGUUCGAUAGAUGCUUUUAUAGAUGGAGAAUAUUUCACAACCGUUAUCGGAGAUGGACUCAUCGUAUCAACAGCUACAGGUAGUACAGCUUAUAAUCUUAGUGCUGGUGGCUGUAUGGUUCAUCCAUCUGUUUCUUCAAUUCUUUUCACUCCAAUCUGCGGCCAUUCUCUUAACACACAACCAAUAGUACUCCCCGAUUGCUGCGAAAUUUCUUUCAAGAUUUCUGAAUCAGGUCGAACAAAUAGUCCAUAUAAUAUUAACUACGAUUCAAAGAGAACUACUAUCUCGAAAGGGAAUGAACUGUGCGUAAGAAUAUCCGCAUUUCCUUUACCAACUGUUUGCAAACAGUCUCCAAUUGGAGAUUGGCUCCAUUCGAUUUCAACAGUUUUACGUUGGAACCAGCCAAUGAUAAAUAUGACGGCUGAUAACAACGAAGCUAUGAAAUCUUGCAAUAUCUCUGAUAGAAAUACUUAUCAUUAA